AUGCGUUCAUCAUCUAUUCAUCUUCUCUCACUCCUUUUCUUCUUGUUCUGUACCUUCUUUUCAACAUCUUUUUCUGUCCCUUUCUUGCCUGAAAACAAUGUCACUCUAUUUGGUGAUGCGUUCUUCAGAAACAACUCCAUUAGUCUCACCAAAGAACUCAACUGUCUCUCUCCUCCUCCAUCUUCUUCUUCUUCUUCACUUUCUUCUGGGAUUGGAAGAGCUUUCUAUGUGUACCCAAUUCGAUUUCUUGAUUCUUCAGCCAACACCACAGCUUCUUUCUCCUGCAGUUUCUCUUUCAAGAUCAUUCCUUCUCCUUCAUGUCCUUUCGGGGACGGUUUCGCCUUUCUGAUCACUUCUAAUGAGGGUUCUUUAAGUCUCUCUGAUGGGUACAUGGGUCUCCCAGAACAGGCCUCAAAUUCCCAAGAUGCAUUUGUUGCAGUCGAAUUCGAUACUAGUUUCGAUCCAUCUCUCAAUGAUAUCAAUGGCAAUCACAUUGGCAUUGAUAUUAACUCGGCCGUGUCUUUGGCUUCUGUUGAUGUCUUAUCGAGAGGUAUUGAUCUCAAGAGUGUGAGGGACAUGACAGCUUGGAUUGAAUACAGAGAUUUCGAGAAGACAAUAUGGGUCUGGGUUGGAUACUCAAUGAUCAGACCUUCAAGCCCCAUUCUUGUUACCCAAAUUGAUCUUUCCAAGCAAUUCAAAGAAUUUAUGCAUGUUGGUUUCUCUGCUUCUAAUGGAAAAGGCUCAGCAAUUCACAUCGUUGAUCGUUGGCGAUUCAAAACUUUUAGUGGAUACAUUCCUUCUACAAUGCCAAUGAAUACGGUUGAAGAAGGGGACUGUUUGAUCUGCUUCCCUGGUGAUUCAAGUGUCGAGAAUGAUCCCUCCAAUCGUGAUAGCUCGAACAAAAAGUUACUCCAAUGGGCGCUUGGAAUUGGGGGCAUUGCUGCAAUUAUCAUCUCUGUACUUGCAAUUCUAGUUAUAGUCUUUUGGUGUUUGAUUAGGAGGAAAAGGCCUAGUAGCCAAAUUCGACGUUUCCAAGGGAAUCGAGUGCCUAUAAGAUUGUCACUUACUCAGAUUAGAUCGGCUACAAAGGGGUUCAAUCAAAACAGAAUCAUUGGUGAGGGAGCUUCAGCAAUUGUAUAUGAAGGGUCUCUUCCCAAUUGUGGAUCUGUGGCAGUUAAAAGGUUCAGUCAGGUAAAACAGACUAAUUCUAUGCAAACUCCAUUUAAUACUGAAUUUGCAACAAUGGUGGGGUGCUUAAGGCACAAGAAUUUAGUUCAACUCCAAGGAUGGUGCUGCGAGAGGGAAGAGCUCGUGCUCGUUUACGAGUACAUGCCCAAUGGAAGCCUUGACAAAAUCCUCCACAAACGCAGCAGUGCCACAAAAUUUCUCACUUGGGAGCGACGACUAAAUAUAGUUCUUGGAGUUUCUUCAGCCCUUAUUUAUCUCCAUGAAGAAUGUGAGAGACAGAUAAUUCACAGGGAUGUUAAGACUUGCAACAUAAUGCUUGAUGCUGAGUUCAAUGCCAAGCUUGGAGAUUUCGGCUUGGCAGAAGUUUAUGAGCAUAAUUCCAGAACAAGAGACGCGACUCUGCCCGCUGGCACAAUGGGAUAUCUUGCUCCUGAGUAUGUCUACACCGGCGUUCCAACUGUGAAAACAGAUGUUUACAGCUUUGGGGUGGUAGUGCUGGAGGUGGCAUCAGGGAGGCGACCCGUGGAAGAGGAUGGGACUGUGAUUACAGAUUGGGUGUGGGAUUUGUGGGAAAAGGGGGUAUUAAUUGAGGCCAUUGAUCCUAAGCUGCUCGGGCAGUUCAAUAGGGUGGGGAUGGAGAGGAUGCUCAUUGUGGGACUUUGUUGUGUGCACCCAAACCAUGAGAAGAGGCCAAUGAUCAAAGAAGCAGCAAGAAUGCUUAGAGGUGAGGCAUCACUACCUGUUUUGCCAGCAAGAAAACCAACUGUUAGGAUUCAGUCUGUUUUGCCUGAAGAGUCUGAAGAAAUACUGAGAUUUGGUGAAGACUUGGAUGACACACCAUGGUCAACACCUAGGACACAUUUUAGCAAAAACUAG